AUGGCGAGGCGGAGUGCCGAGUGCGAGCGCCUAAACUUGCGGCCCGCUAUCAGGGCCCAUUUGCCACUCGACUACACACCCCACUUGAAGAAGGUGGGCGGUUCGGCCCAGAACAGCAACCCCUCCUCCGCACUCGGCCCGGUGUGGACACAGCCGCCGCCGGCAGUUCGCCGCCUUUGCCCUGCUGCGAGCCUGCGAGCAAAGGGCCCUCUCACCCAACCAUCGCCGCCGCACGUCCGAGUGGACGCUUGGGGGCUCCGCCGACGGCGCCGCGUGUCUGAUCUUACUCAUCCUCCAAGAUCCUUGAACAGAGCUUCCAGACAUAUUGUUCCAUUCAAGGCCCGUUUGUUUACGCAAUGCUCACUUGAGGCCCGUUCAGUUGACCAAGAGAUUGUGAUUGCUAUGGGAAGUAAUGUGGGUGAUAGAGUCAGUACAUUCAACAGGGCAUUGCAGCUGAUGAAAAGCUCAGGCGUGAACAUCACUAGGCAUGCCUGUCUCUAUGAGACUGCCCCUGCUUAUGUGACUGAUCAGCCGCGGUUUCUUAACUCUGCCAUUCGGGGCACAACUAGGCUCGGGCCACAUGAGCUUCUUAAAAUGCUAAAGGAAAUUGAGAAGGAUAUUGGCCGCACUGGUGGAAUAAGGUAUGGCCCGAGACCUAUCGAUCUAGACAUACUUCUUUAUGGCAACUCCCAGAUCCAUAGUGAGACUCUAAUUGUGCCACAUGAGCGCAUCCAUGAGAGGUCAUUUGUUUUAGCACCUCUUGUUGAUCUUCUAGGUGCAUCCGGCGACGACGCUAUCGAAACAAGUUGGCACUCUCUCUCAAAGUGCAGUGGAGGUUUUUUUGAAUUAUGGAAUAAACUUGGGGGUGAAUCUAUAAUUGGAACAGAAAGUAUUAAAAGGGUAUUACCUGUUGGGGAUUGUUUGUUGGAUUGGUGCGAGAGGACCCUUGUCAUGGGGGUCCUUAAUUUGACACCAGACAGCUUUAGUGAUGGAGGUAAGUUUCAACAAGUGGAAGCUGCCAUUUCUCAGGCUAAGUUAUUAAUCUCUGAAGGUGCAGCUAUCAUUGAUAUUGGUGCUCAAUCUACCAGGCCCUUUGCAAAGAGAUUAUCUCCAAACGAGGAGCUUGAGAGGUUGAUUCCUGUUCUAGAUGAGAUUACAAAAAUUCCUGAGAUGGAGGGCAAGUUACUCUCAGUGGAUACAUUCUAUGCAGAAGUUGCCAAUGAAGCUGUGAAAAGAGGAGCUCACAUGAUCAACGAUGUAUCCGCUGGACAGCUUGAUCCAAUAAUUCUUAAAGUUGCAGCUGAACUGGGAGUUCCAUAUGUUGCAAUGCACAUGAGAGGAGAUCCGUCAACUAUGCAAAGCGAACAAAAUUUACACUAUGAUAAUGUCUGCAAGGAAGUUGCUUUGGAGCUAUACACACGGGUGAGAGAAGCAGAGUUAUCUGGGAUUCCAUUGUGGAGGCUAGUUCUUGAUCCUGGCAUUGGCUUCUCCAAGAAAUCUGGACAUAACCUUGAAGUAAUUAUGGGAUUGGAAUCCAUUAGGAGGGAGAUGGGUAAAAUGAGUAUAGGUGCUUCACAUGUGCCAAUAUUAUUGGGGCCUUCAAGGAAAAGAUUUUUGGGUGAAAUAUGCAAUCGUGCUAAUCCAGUUGAGAGAGAUGUUGCUACUGUUGCAGCUGUGACAGCUGGGAUUUUGAAUGGUGCUAACAUAGUAAGGGUCCAUAAUGCUGGAUAUGGUGCAGAUGCUGCAAAGUAUCGUUGCUGCAAUGAACCAGAGAUAAUGCUUUUUCUUGUGUCACCAAGGAAUAAGGUCACAGAAGCUGCUAGUGAAGUUGCAGAUACUUAUCCUUCAGGAUUUGAAAUUGUCAAGUUCUACUAG